AUGUCAAACAGCUACGGAUACCAAAAUAAUUAUUCAACCACCAGUUACGGCGCACAAGGCGGGGCAGAUGGUGGUGGAUUUGUUCAAGGAGGAUAUGGUGGAUCGCAGGGAGGAAGCCAAGAAAGUCCUGGAGGCUCAAAGACAUAUGGUAAAGAUACAUUACGACCAGUAACCAUCAAGCAAAUCCUCGAGGCAGUGCAACCACAUCCCGAUGCAGAUUUCAAAAUUGAUGGAUCGGAAGUAACUCAACUCUCAUUCGUUGGCCAAGUCCACUCUAUCUCCACCCAAGCCACAAAUAACACCUACAAAGUCGACGAUGGUACCGGUCUCAUCGAAGUAAAACAAUGGAUCGACAACGACGCUGCUCCCGAAAACGCAAGACCUGUGCCGGAAGAAGGAAAGUACAUACACGUAUGGGGACGACUCAAGUCUUUCCAUGAUAAACGUCAUGUAGGAGCUCAUAUUAUUCGACCCGUUCUCGAUAUGAACGAAGUGACAUUCCAUGGAUUAGAAGCUACUCUGGCACAUUUAUAUUUCACUCGCGGUCCUAUCGAUACAGCAGGUGCUAUGACAAAGAAAGAGGGAGGCGAUGGAAUGUUUGUUGAUUCGUAUGGUGGCAAUAACAUGGGAGCUGGAGAUGCUUCUACGGGUGGUAAAAUAUUACCUGCGAAGGUAUCUCGCAAUUCCAGAAUGGUUUUCGAUCUUUUACAGUCAGAGCCCCAAAACAAUGAGGGUUUGAAUGUAAAUAUGAUUGCGACCAAGCUUGGUAUGCCAGUUGCAGAUGUCUACAAGUGCGGAGAUGAGUUAUUGGCGGAGGGUUGUAUUUAUACAACGGUUGAUGAUGAGACGUGGGCUGUGUUGGAGUACUAG